AGAGAAGCUCGUUUCUGAUUGGAUCAGAGGCUUGUUUGUCAUGUGCUGCUCCAAUCAGAACCGUCGGUAGCGAGGGAGCCCUCGUAGAAUACUAGUAAUGAAAAGGAAGGAAGGGAGGAGCGAGUCAGACGGGCGGAGGAAGCUGCCGGAGUUGGGAGAGUGGGCCUUCCAGCCCGGGGUCGUCAUCGUCGGUGCCGCUUCCUCUUCUACUUUUCCUCGGAGCAGACGCCUCGCUUGCCGGUUCCCGCCUCUGCCCAUGUUGAGGGAAAGUGGGUGGGCAGCCGCCUCUCAACUUCUUCUCCAUCGCUGCCACCGCCUUCUUCUGGUGUCUCCCUCCAGGAGGAGUCUCCGGAGCCACCCAGCCAGAGAGCCGCCCCCAUGGCUGAAGUAGGGCAGGAGGUCGUCCACCUGGUGUGGGGCAAGAAGCCCGGCUCCCAGGGCCUCGCAGACACCAUCUUCUGCCGCUGGGCACAAGGGUUUGUAUUCAGUGAAUCAGAAUCUACUGCCUUAGAACAAUUUGAAGGAGGCCCUUGUGCUGUGAUUGCACCCAUUCAGGCAUUUCUUCUGAAGAAGCUUUUUGCUUGUGAGAAAUCUACCUGGAGACAAUGUCAAGAGGAAGAGCAGAAGAACCUCCUUUGCCAUACAUUAAGUGAAAUUUUGGAACUGGCUUGUUCUGAUAAUUCAGAAUCGUAUUGUAUGGUAACAUGGCAAAGAGGGAAAGCUGCAGAAGAAACUGCUAGUAUUUCUGAGAGUCCAGCUGAAUCAAGCCAUCAAGAGGAGCAGCCCUCUGCCUUGGCUGUCGAAGAGCUUGGCUUUGAGCGAUUUCAUGCAUUAAUUCAAAAGCAAUCAUUCACAAGCUUUCCUGAUUUCAAAGAGGCAGUUUGGAAUCAAUAUUCAGUCUGGACAAACAAAUUUGGUGUGCUGCUCUUUCUGUAUUCUGUGAUACUGACCAAGGGCAUUGAAAAUAUUAAAAAUGAAAUAGAAGAUUCAACUGAGCCAUUGAUAGAUCCGGUUUACGGUCAUGGAAGCCAAAGUUUAAUUAAUCUCCUGUUGACGGGGCAUGCAGUAUCUAACGUCUGGGAUGGAGACAGGGAAUGCUCAGGAAUGAAGUUACUCGGAAUACAUAAACAAGCAACUGUUGGUUUUCUGACCCUCAUGGAAUCUCUAAGAUACUGUAAGGUUGGCUCCUAUUUGAAGUCCCCAAAGUUCCCUAUUUGGAUACUUGGCAGCGAAACUCAUCUCACAGUCUUCUUUGCCAAGGAUUUGGCUCUUGUUGCUCCUGAAGCUCCCUCAGAACAAGCCAGACGUGUCUUUCAAACAUAUGAUCCUGAAGAUAAUGGCUUUAUACCAGACACACUUCUAGAAGAUGUAAUGAAGGCUUUGGACCUUGUAUCAGAUCCUGAAUAUAUCAAUCUCAUGAAGACAAAAUUAGAUCCAGAAGGAUUGGGAAUCAUAUUACUAGGUCCCUUUCUUCAAGAAUUUUUCCCUGAACAGGAUUCAAAGGUUCAGGAGUCAUUCACUGUCUACCACUACAAUGGAUUGAAGCAAUCUAAUUACAAUGAAAAGGUCAUGUACGUUGAAGGUACAGCGGUGAUUAUGGGCUUUGAAGACCCAAUGCUACAGACUGAUGAUACUCCAAUCAAGCGCUGUUUGCAGACAAAAUGGCCAUACAUAGAACUGCUAUGGACCACAGAUCGGUCUCCCUCAUUAAACUGAUGUUCAGAAAAGACUUUAUUCAAAUUACUGUCCAAUGUAUUGAAUGGAGGGUAUGGGAAGCAGCUGCCUGUAUUAAAAACAAAAACAAGCAAGCUAUAUUUUGACUGUGUCGCUAUACACUGGUGUCACUGAGAAACUGUAAAUAAAACACUUUUUCAGUGUUAAUUAGAAUAUUUAAUUUUUUUAACAAUUGGACUGAUUUAUUUUUUACCAACUAGUUCCUCUUUGGCCACUGUAAUGCAGUUAAAAUGUGAGUUCUCACCCAGAAUCCUCCCUGUUCAGCCUAAAAAGAACCUGAAAACAGUCUAGUACUGCAGCAUCUCCAUAUUAGGCUUUUUAAAAUUGUCUUAAAUAUCAUAGUAUUCACUUUACACAGUUGUUCAGCCAUAUGUUAUUAUUUAAAUCAGACUGCCUUAGGGUGCAACCCAUUUCAGAAUCCCAGCGCAGAAGUCUUACUGAAAUUAAUGUGGGCUGUGCAGCAACAUGAUGGUGCUCUUACAUUGUUCAGGGAAACUGCCAAGUGGAUGGUGGCCUACACUAUAGUAUCAUAGCUUUGGGACUAGAUUGGCGUUUGCACUGACUAUGUUUAGAUGAGUUAAAUGUAUGCUGUUUUCCUCUAAAUAUCCAAAUCUACAUGAUUUUGUUCAAAAGGAGGUAAACAUUGUGAAUUCUUAAGUAUGACUUAGCUAUAAAUGGUAAACACUAUUUAUUGGUGGUGGUGGUGUUCCCAUACUUUACCUGCUGGGUACAUUAAAAGUCAAAGCAGAAUUUAAGAAAAGUAAAUAUUAAUAUCCAAAGCCGUAUAAAAUAAAUGUUUUAAAAACAUAACAGCUGAGAGAGUUUGUGCUAUGAUUUUUUAAGAUAUUCAUAUUAUUAUUGCCAAAUACCUCUUCUCAUGAUGUCAUUAAACAUACGCCAGCACUAUUGUAUGUGUUUCAUGCAUGGAAGCAUCUGUUGUUCACAUAGUAUAGUCCAUUAUUUAUUACCUAGCAAGGCCUAAAUAAAACAAAAAC